CUAAAGUCGCUGUGGUUCUUUCUGGUUGUGGUGUUUAUGAUGGCACUGAAAUCCACGAAGCCUCUGCGAUAUUGGUUCAUUUGAGCCGAGGAGGAGCCGAUAUUGAGAUGUAUGCCCCAAAUAUUUCUCAGAUGCAUGUUGUUGAUCACAGCAAAGGGCAACCAGCUGAGGGGGAGUCAAGAAACGUCUUAGCAGAAUCAGCAAGGAUCGCUCGUGGGAAAAUUGCUGACUUGGCUAAACUUACUGCAAAGGACCAUGAUGCAGUAAUAUUUCCUGGAGGCUUUGGAGCUGCUAAAAAUCUAUCUACCUUUGCUGUGGAUGGGAAAGACUGUAAAGUUAAUAAAGAAGUUGAGCGUGUGCUUAAAGACUUCUACGAAGCAAGAAAACCCAUUGGGUUGUGCUGCAUUUCCCCUGUCUUGGCUGCAAAGGUUCUUCCUGGCACUGAAGUCACUGUAGGACAUGAAGAAGAACAAGGUGGGAAGUGGCCUCACGCUGACACUGCUGGGGCCAUUAAAGCCAUGGGAGGAAAACACUGCAUUAGAGAAGUAACAGAAGCGCAUGUGGACACUACCAACAAGAUAGUUACCACACCAGCAUUUAUGUGUGCAGCUGAAUUGCAUCACAUCUUUGAUGGUAUUGGAGCCAUGGUAAAAAAUGUGUUAAAGCUGACAGGCAAAUGAAUUGGAUGGCUUACUAACAGCAGCAGUAGCUUUUAGGAAUAUUGAAGCUCUGAUGACACAGUUGGCACAGAAUGUACUUUUAGUGGUAUUUUAGAGGAUUGACUUAAUAUCUGAACUGGAACAUCCUAGGCCUAUUGAAUCAGGCUCCUUUUCACGUCAAAUGCUUCUCCAGUUGUCACUGACAAUCGUUUUAUAUUCUGAACAUGGCAAUUUUAAACAAACUGUAAUUAAUGGCUUAAGUUUUUAAAGUAUUACAAGCUUUAAUAAUGUUUCCAAAGCAUGUUACGUGCCCAUCAGUUCCAAUAUAUUACUGUAGAAAUUGUGAUACAGCAUGUUAAAGUCAUGCAAUUGGCUUUGAAUCACCAGUAUGAUAUAAUCUCUAGAGAACAGAAUCUAGGAAUCUAGAACAGCGGAAUAAAAUUCCACUCAUUUUGUAAUGUAUUUUGGAGUAGGCACUAGAAUAAUUUCCUGCCAAGAUAAUUAGAAGGAUUCUUACUAUUAGUAUUGUGAAUAUCUGGUUGCUUAAUAUAUCAUAAGCACUGGCAUAUUACACAUUCCUGAAGAAUUAGACACCACAUAUCAUCUGUGGUCACUUGAAGAAAUGAGACUUUAGUUCAAAUGACAGUUCUAAUUAUAGGGAAUGUUUUACAAAUACAUUGUGUUCUUCUGGUGGAGUCCAUGUGAAUGUUAUCAAGCAUUCUGAUCUACCAAGGGAAUUGAGGAAGCAAACCAAUGUGCAGUAGUUCAGAUCAAUUAAGAGAAAGUAACUCUUCUUAAUUAGACAUAACUCAAAUAAAAUGGAUGGUUAAGAUAAA